CAUUCACCUGAGGCAACACGACUCGACAGACGCCUCACAUCAUUGGAAGGGAGUGAGGAAGCCAUGCUGUACAUGUGGUUCUAUAUGACUCCCGAGUAAAAGCCAAGGAAGAAGACAAGAUAGGGGGUCAAAAGGCUGGAAAAGCGGUCCAUGCGACAGUCGACACUCUCUGCGUUUGGGCCGCCUCGUCCGACCACGGCGCCACCGAUUGACGCGCGGCCUCCUCUGCCUCUCCCUUACUUCGACCAAGACUUGUCCAACAGUGUUGAAGGUGGCGCAACAGCUGAUAUAGAAGGCGAUCCGGAGCGGCAAGGCAAGGAAAUGCCGGCUCCUGCGCUCCCUCCGUCGGACAACGACCAACGUCUGCAUCCUGCGGCCGAGACGAUGGAUCAUGGAGGGCCCGAGAUUGGCACGGGCCGAGGCCAGGAGGCGGGAAGUGACGUGUCUUCAUGGCUUCCCAGACCAGGGCCGUCUUCGUCGUCUGGCGAGGCAGCGCCGACACGCAGCAGGAGAGCCGCUGCGACGCGGUCCGAGGCGCAAAGUCGGCAAAUGACGCUGGCGCUCAAUGGCGCGCUGGCUCUGGAGAGAAAGGCUGCCUUAUCUUUCGCUGGAAGAGAGGCAGGGGAUGAUGGGGAAGAAUACCUGGUAGAGACGGGCAGCGGUGGUGUGGGGGCUGCGAAUGAAAGCGAAAGUGUUCCGAAGAGAAGAAAGAGGGGAAGGCCGAGGAAGGAUGAGGCGGCAAAGGACAAAGCGAGGGAGAUCAAUCUAGUCGACGAUGACGAGGAAGACGAGGAGGGAAAGAAGAAGAUGGAAGAGGCGAGGAAUAGAAAAAAGAAGGAGAAAGAAAGGGAGCAGGAGAAGGAGAUGAGCCUGCAAGUCAAAGGGAACGGCUCCUCCGACGGGAAAGUCCACUCCUUUUUCGCAAAGCGACUACCGCGGCCGCCGGCAGAAGAGCAGACGAAGGACGUCGCUGCCGCCAAUCAGAACGCCUUCUUUGUGGCGGGCAACGGGAGCUCCUCUAGAGCGGCAGCGCCGUCAUCAAUAGUCAAGAAAAGGCCCCUGAUGGAAGCGAGGUGGCCGAGAAGUGAGGAAAUGCUCGUCGAACCUCCUCCGCAGGUACAAGAUGUCCUACCGUGGAGUCGUCAAUUCAAUUGGCCAAAGAAGGAACCCAAGGACCGUAUCCAUAAUGGCUUAGCACCCGAAGAGUUGCAGCCAUUGCCUUGGCAACAUCGCGCCGGAGCACACAACAAAGGUCGAAACGAAGGCGGCCGUUCGCCCGUCACAUCGUCUAAAUUGCACCCAGAACAAUUGGAAGAGCUCGUAGCUUCGAGUGCGAACACACUUCCAAGCGGAAGCUCCACGAAGCUCGCCGGCAAAGGCCUCACUCAAAAUAGGUCAACCAAAACCAACGAGGCUUGGACUGAUCGAUGGAGGCCGCUCAGGGCUGAUGAAGUGCUCGGCAACGAGGUCGGAGCGACUUAUCUGCGCGACUGGAUACAUCAACUUCAGGUCUCGCCUACGGCCUCGGUCAGAAGUACGGCCAAGACGGAGCAGGAACAGAAUGGCUUGUCAUCGUCGCCUGGCAAGAACAAGAAGCGCACGAUGCAAGUUCAGAAAAGGGCCGAAAAGAAACGUCGAAAGAAGGCUGCUUCGAGGCGAGGGGGUCUCGAUGGCUUCUUGGUGGACGACGACGAUGGCGAAGAUCAAGUCGGAAGCUGGGACGAGGGAGACGACGAGGAAAGUGCGUGGUUCGAUCAGUUCCGAACAAAGAACGUUGAAGACCUAGUAGCUACCGCGAAUGUAGACGAGCCAGAUGAGACGUUAUUUGCCAACAGCGAUAGGCUGGCGAAUGUCCUUGUUCUCACCGGUCCCACCGGCAGCGGCAAGACAGCAUCGGUGUAUGCGUGUGCCUCGGAGCUCAACCACGAGGUCUUUGAGAUCUACCCUGGCAUGGGAAAGAGAAGCGGAAAGGAGCUCAGCACGGCUGUCGGCGACCUAGGGCGAAACCAUAUGGUUUCGAGUGGCGGCACGGGAGGGGGAGCUACUUGGAAAAUGCUAGAUAGGAAAGAAACUACGACGAUCUCGAGCAACGGCCACUCGACAAAGCCUCGUCAGUCAGUCAUUCUCAUUGAGGAAGUAGACCUGCUUUACGACGAAGACAAAGGCUUUUGGGCCGCCGUCGUCGAGCUUGUUGCCGAAUCUAGGCGACCAGUGAUUCUGACAUGCAACGAUCUCUCGGCUGUACCGUUAAGCGAUCUGCCCAUCCAGCGGGUCCUCACCUUCCGCCCGCCUCCUGCAUCGAUCGCAGUUCCUUAUUUGCAGCUUCUGUGCGCUCACGAGGGAUACCUUGUCGAGCGAGCCGAUCUGGAGAAACUCUACGCUUCGACGCAAGGGCUUGAAAUGGAUCGAGCAGCUAUCUCGCAGCUGACUUUUACUUCGGAUGGGCGAGAUGGCGGUCCGGUCAAUCCACGCAUGCAGCUCAAUGCCAUCGACAAGCUGUCAGAUCAUGAGUCCUUCGCUGCACUCGACCUUCGCCAGGCUAUAAAUCAGCUUCAAUUCGAGUGUCAAGGGUCCUGUGACUCAACAGCGAACACGCAUCCAGCCAAGGCAGCGGCCCCCUCGUGUCGGCGGUUGAUGCCACAGCAGCUGGAGAAUCGCUCCUUCUUCGAUGCAUCGAUCGAAGCGCCGUUCGAUCGCGCGAGCGAACUUCUGGAGCCCGAUCGCUACCUGCCCUUUGCGACGCAUGAUGAGUUGCAGCUGCCAAACGAGAUGGUUGCCUUACCAAAGAUGAAGCCAAGACCAAUCUGGGCGGCAUUUCCCACCUUUGCUCGCGAGGACGAAUAUCGUUCUGUCCUUGCGCCUUGGAAUAGCGACGAAGAAGAGCUGUUACUAGGUCGCCGGACAACAUCGAGGAAGGUCGAUGAGGUGCUGGGGUGCAGGGGUCUCUGCCUCGCUCCCUCCUGGUCUGCCUUCCUCGGCUCCGAUCACUGCAUCACCGACUACACUUCGCAUCUCUGCCGCAUGGUCGCCAUCGACGAUGUGGCUCAAGCGCAGCACGCUGCGGAACUCGCACGGGCCCAAGAAGAGGCUCUGAAGCGACGGCAGGCCCUUUUCGAAGAAGCAAGUGCCGUCUCGGGAGGCAGCCAGCGGCAGCUCGACGAAGAGGCGCUGCAGAGCGCAAGCUUCAGUCUGGCAAAGAUUGGCAUCAGGAGCACGCGGGGCUCCACCCAGAUGAUCCUGAGCGGCAGCUCCGAGGGACCGGGCGACUUUGUGAGACUGCUGGACCUGGACAAGCCAAUUCUGGAACGGAUCAGGGAAGUAGGAUCAUUCAGCAUGUAAAAAGGAAACCAAGCAAACAUCAUGUACCGUAUUCGAAUCAAUCGAUGCUCG